AUGUCGAACUUCUUGUUAAGUUUAAUAUGUUUGGUCGGAAUAUUAUUUCCAUUAAACAUCAAUGCUCAAGCAAAAGAUCCUACCUUAGGAAUAUCCGAUUCAAAUGGAAAUCUUACGCCACAGUUAAUCAUUGCGGGUAUACUUUUGAUCAUUACCGGAAUAAUUUUCUGCUUUUUCGGUAGAAGAAUUUAUCGACUUACACUGUUCAUGAUCGGAUUUUACAUCGGCACCAUAAUCACAUGGGUUGGUCUUACCAACGGAGAACCUGAUGGAGGAUACGCGGGCGCAGACAACCUUAGUGCUACGAUUAUCCUAUUAGUAUCACUCGCGGUUGGAUUCGUCGUUGGUCUAAUUUUCAUGUGUUUAACAACGGUGGCAAUUUGGUUUUUAGGAGCACUUGUCGGAUAUACCUUUGCAUUAUUCAUUUUAGCAUGGUCAUCUGAUGGGGUCAUUCACCAGAAAGUCGCUAGAAUUAUCUUUAUAGUGGCAUUGACAGUAAUCGGUCUGAUGUUAGCUUGCUGCUUCAAGAAUGCACUUAUCAUCUUAGGAACGUCGUUUAUUGGAGCUUAUGCUAUAAUUUUGGGUAUUGAUAUAUUCGUAAGGACGGGUUUCGCUCAGUCUGUUAGAGCAUUCACGGAUGGAAAUCAUGACAUUCCUUACAAGACAAAUACAAAAGUUUACCUUAUGCUUGGUGGAAUGAUUGCUCUCUUCAUCGUUGGUUCAUUAUUCCAAUUUAGAUAUCAUAAAAACCGUUUUGGUCCCGACGAUGGUGGUUCUGUUGAACCUAAGACUGGAAGGAAGAAAAAGUUCCAAUUACCAUGGAAACGCC